AUGCCCGACGUGGCCGGCGCCGCCCCUUUCCGUCCGCGCGUGCCCGCUCGUGGCCGACGCGGCCGGCGUCGAGGCGCGCACGGCCAGCUCCGCCUCGCCAGUGGCCGCCGCGGCCGGCGCCGCCUCGCCCGUGCCUCGCGCGGCCGGCUCCGCCACGGCUCGUGCGUGCCCCGCCCGGUGCCUCGCGCGGCCGGCUCCGCCACGCCCGUGCGUGCCCCGCCCGUGGCCGACGCGGCCGGCGUCGCAGCGCGCACGGCCAGCUGCGGCCCGCCAAUGGCCGGCUCCGCCCUUGCUCGGUGCCCGCGCGUGGCCGCCGCAGCCCCCGCCCGUGCGUGCCCGCAAGUGGCCGACGCGGCGGCGCGUCGAGGCGCGUGGCCGGCUCCGCCCUCGCCCGUGCCCGCGCGCCGCCGCGGCCGGCGUAGCCCCCGCCGGUGCCUCGCGCGGCCGGCUCGGGGAGGUGAACGCGGGGCGGCCGGCGUCGUCGAUGGCGACGCGCGGGGCAGCCGGCGUCGUGCCGAGGCGCCCUCGCCGUUCACCGCCGCGGGCGCGGCCCCGUUCGCCGCCGCGGCCCCGUCCCGUCUCCGCGAGCGCAGCCCCGUCGCCGCCCGCUGCCCCGUCUCCGCGGGCACGGCCUCGUUCGCCGCCGCGGCGCUCGUGUUCGUGGCGUCCAGGGCGGAGCGGCGCGCCGCCGUCUUGGGCUCGGCCGUGGCGAGGCGCGCGGCCGCUCGUGGCUCGACUGCAAGGCGCCGCCCGUUCACGCACCCUUGGCCAUCGCUCUGCGCGUCGCCGUCGACGAGCUUUGUCGCCGGAGCUCAUUUUGGCAGCGGCAACUUCCGGUAG